AUGUCUGAGCCGUCUCUCCCAGACAGAAAGGCUGUCUACCAAGCUCUCCAAGACAUCUUCAAAAACUCAACCAUAAGCAGGCCAAAAGCCAUUCGCAGCCUCAUUCAAAAACACAACGAUGAAGAUCUCAUAGUGCAGCUACUCCAGGAGCACAGUCUCGACGAUGUCACCACUGUCACCAAGAAACUUAUCGACGACCACGUUUUUGAGUCCACCACUACGGGCUGGAUGGCUAGAUCAGGCCUUGAGGGCGGAGCAUGGGACAAGACCAAUGCCUACAGGGAGAAGACUGCGACACUGACUACAGAAACCAUCUGCGGUAAAUGCGCACGCAUAGAUUUUGGUAAAAUCCUUAUUGAGCAAUCAAUUCCGGAAGACGGUACGAUUGUAGCACAUCUUGGACGAAAUGCUGGCAGUUGGGAUACCUCAAAAUGCCCAUUAUGUCGACUCUUCGCGUGGGUGAGGACUCCUCAUCCUCAUAAUCCGGAAUACUUGCCUUCUGUGAGCAAAGACCUUGGCUAUUGUUUGUACGCUAUUCCGGCCCUUAGUUUGUUCAACAAGUUUGUGAAAACGCCGAUUCAGGACCCGGAAAUUGUGAACAAUACGGUUGUUGGGGUGUUUCUGGAGAAGGACGUCGCCGCGGGUCGUGUUUGGGAUGUUAUUCGCGAGGCUAAUCCAGAUUUUAUCUGCAAUAUACGCGAUGAACGUUCAGCGGCACGACUGGCAGUUAAUGGUCGAAUUGUGGACGCCGAUAGGAUGAGCAACACUCUGAUUCAUGACUGGCUCCAGUACUGUCAUGGCAAUCACACGGAUUGUGAUCACAACGUGGCACCCUACCCUUAUGGGCGGCCGGAGGAUGUUCCAAGGUUUCAAGUCAUCGACUGUGAGACCCGGCGAAUAAUCCCACUUCCCCCGGGGCAGCGGUAUGCUGCACUGUCAUAUACUUGGGGCAUGCAGAAACAUCCAGAACAAGUGAUUGACGAGAUGGGGCGUCUCAAACCCGGGAGCCUGCCCGUGGUAGUUGAGGAUGCAUUGACAGUGACCUUGCAAGCAGGACUACAGUAUCUGUGGGUGGACAAAUACUGCAUUGUGCAGGAUGAUGAAGAGAUCAAGAGGAUACAGCUGAGCGCAAUGGACAGAGUGUACAAGUUAUCACACUUUACCAUUUAUGCGGCGGCAGGCCCCGAUGCCUCGUAUGGUCUACCUGGCGUGGGAUCACGCAGCCGCAAGAAGAUGGCGCCGCGUGUUACUUCGAAAGGCAUCGUGUUGACUAAAGUGUCGUUGACAAGAGCACAUUAUUCUCGGCUCAUUACGCAAUCGGAUUGGAUUAAGAGGGCUUGGACGUUCCAGGAGGCCAUCUUCUCUCGAAGGCGUGCCUUUUUCACGGAUAUCGGUGUCUACUUUGAGUGCAAUAGUAUGUGGUGUUCGGAACACAGCGAUGAAGAGCCGUCAAUUCGCCAUCGCCGCUUUGUGCAAAAUCCGACCUUCCCACACAUGAAUGACGACUUGUCAGUCAACAAUAUGGUGCAGUGCAUCGCGCAGUACAGCCAUAGGAAACUCACUUUUGAGAGCGACAAGCUAAACGCUUUUCUGGGAGUUCUCGAACACUUUUCAAAGAUGCCCAAGCCGCUUUAUCAUCUCCAGGGCGUGCCGCUGCUCACAAGCCAAAAGGUUUCAGAGAGGUCUAAUGCCUUGACUGCCCUCAUAAAUGGCUUGAGCUGGGGAACACGGUUGCCGACAAAAAGGCGUGAGGGCUUCCCGAGCUGGUCAUGGACAGGUUGGCAUUUCACAGCCAUAUACUCUCCAGCCAUAAAUACGGGGACUGCUGCCAUGGAUCAAGAGAAGUCUUUGACAGGUUCUUACCAAUCUCGCCAUUUCUAUGUCUGGGCGCAAAAGCUAGAUGGCACAGUGAUUCCUUUCCCUAACGAGGUCUCGGAAUUUGCUGCCUUCCAUGCGGCAUACUCAUUCCGUCUAACGCCGUACAUUCACAUCGAGGCAUGGACUGUGGAUCUCAGGAUCGAGGAUUCGGGUGUACCGUGGGGCCAUCGAGGGAACAAGCCUGCCAUACUUCGGGACAACGACCAGCAUGAGCCGUACUUUGUGCCAUUCGAAGAAACAGAGGGCUACUCGAGGCCAGGCCUUGACGGCGACUUCUUUUGGGCCUUCCCGGUCGAUCGUGGACAGCCUGGUAAGGCUUACAUCCGCCUGGAUUUGACGCUGGAUUCGAGUACCGUCAUGGGAAAGAUUGACCUUGCGGAGAGGCUUGUUACGGAGACGUGGACUGGCAUAAUUCUUCCGACAAUGGACGUCCCGCGUAUCUUAGUGGUUAACUGUAACAAGGGUGUGGCUGAACGAAUAGGUACCAUCUCGCUGGUCCCAGAAGCUUCACGAUGGCGUUCUAGAAGGCCAGGGAUCCACCAUGAGUUGCCACCCGGUGCCCCGAGAGGUAAAAUGUGGGAUGAAAGAGCUGAACUCGGCGCGCAGGUAGGGGCGUACCCCAACAAGGACCUCAAGAUGAGGUUGCUGGACGAGGUUACGGGCAUGUCGGAGGAGCAGAGACGCUCUCAUUGUGCGCCAUGGAGCCAUGUAACGCAAACGUUUUAUUGUGAGCAGGCCAGGAAACGGCAGGGGAUCUGGGUUAGCUAG